GGAAUAAUCUGCUUAGUACUGAACACCCAGUAGACUGAGUUCUCACAAUUGUCGUGGACAUAAACAGACGAACCAUUGUUUUCCCAUGAAAUGUACACUUCGUUAUUUUCCCCACGUUUUAAUUUGACAGUCAUAAAAAAAACAAGCGUACACAUUACACUUGCAGGAGAGCUUCCGCGUCGCUAGUUAAUCAUCAACUCGCCGUUUGAAUAUAAAAAGGGGGGCAUUAGGUGGACUAAGGAGGGACGCUUUUUCUGACAAACUUUUGCAACAACAAAAAAAACGUAGAUUUGUUGUUUUUUUUUUCACUUAAAAUCCACACAAGACUGGUUUGUUGGUUGCCACCGGGGAGAGUCGGCGGACGAAUUUUGACGAAACAAAUGUUUUUUGUAUAUAUAUGUGCGCGAUCAAACUCCGAAAAGUGCUCUUUUAGAAAAAAAUAAUAGCCUGUGGAGAGAGCGUGCGAUUAGGCGUAGCUACAGAGGAAGACGGCUGCACGUGGUGUGCGCGCUGGGUUCACAGUCGUGCUCGCUUGUCGCAUGCAGCAGGUGAAAAAUGUCACCGGCGGUUUAGCCACACCAUGAACUAACAUUCGCUUUUCCGUGGGGCACCUUAAACUUUGAACAUGUGCAUGAGGUGUCAGAAAAUGGAUUGCAUCGCUCUGCUCCUCACGCUGGCUAUCGUCUGCGCCGACGGUACGGCUCAACAGCACAAGGUGCCAAGAAUACGCCUCUCCUUUCAAGAACUCGUGGCAACUCAGUCUUCAGAGCACUUGCACCCAAUGCAUGGCUCAUCGGAUUAUCACAUCCUUCUGAUGGACGAAGACAAGGACAGAAUCUAUAUCGGAGCAAAGGAUUACGUCUAUUCACUCGAUAUGAAUAAUAUCAGCAGGACGCCUCUCAAAGUUCAUUGGCCGGUUGGGCCACUGAGGGAAGAAGAAUGCAAACUGGCUGGAAAAAAUCCCCAAGAUGAAUGCGGGAAUUUUGUACGAGUGGUGCAGUCAUUUAACAGAACGCAUUUGUACAUCUGCGGCACCGGGGCUUUCCAGCCCAUUUGUACUUUUAUCACCCAUUCUUCUCUUGCACAGAACGUGGAACUAAAAAUCCCAGUGGAGAAAGCAGACUCCGGGAGGGGGAAAUGCUCCUACAGCCCUAAACUUGAGAGCAUUUCUUUCAUGGCAAACGAGGAGCUUUACUCGGCGGUUUACACCGACUUCAUGGCCACUGACGCAGCCAUUUUCAAAACGAUGGGAAGGCUUCCCCCGAUACGCUCUGACCAGUACAACUCAAAGUGGCUAAACGAGCCGGUGUUUUUGGCCAUCCAGAGGAUCCCAGAAAGCAGCGACAGGAAUGACGACAAGCUUUAUUUCUUUUUCCGAGAGAAAUCAGCUAACGGAGGGACUGGGAAAACGUCCGUUUCUCGCAUUGGGAGAAUUUGCCUGAACGACGCUGGCGGUCAGCGCAGCCUUGUCAACAAGUGGAGCACGUUUGUCAAGGCGAGGCUGGUCUGCUCGGUAACGGACAACACAGGCAUAGAGACGCACUUUGAUGAGCUUCAGGACGUUUUCAUAUUAAACACAGAAGACAUGAGGCAGCCCAUAAUAUAUGGAUUAUUCAGUACUGCUGGAUCUGUAUUCAAGGGUUCUGCUAUCUGCAUAUAUAGCAUGGCCGAAGCACGGCAAGUGUUCAACGGGCCUUUCGCACAAGUCGAAGGACCUGGAUAUCAGCAGCUUCCAUACCAAGGAAAGAUCCCAUACCCAAGGCCCGGAACAUGCCCAGGAGGAACGUUCACACCUUAUAUGAAAUCCACCAAAGAUUUCCCUGAGGAAGUGGCCAAUUUCAUACGGAAUCACCCACUCAUGUACAACCCCAUCUACCCCAUCGCCAAGAAGACCUUGAUCAUGCGAGUAAACACAGACUACAAGAUCACUAAAAUUUCAGUCGACCGAGUUGUGGCUGGGGAUGGCACCUAUGACGUCUUGUUCCUCGGAACAGACAUUGGAACCGUGCAAAAGAUAACAGUUUUGCCAAAGCAUGACGGCCUGUCCGAGGAGCUGUUUUUGGAGGAGGUAGAUGCUUUCAAGGUUCCAACACCAAUUCUCUCCAUGAAAAUAUCUUCGAAAAAGCAACAGCUGUUCAUUAGCUCGGCGAAGGGCAUCACCCAGCUCGCUCUGCACCACUGUGGCAUCUAUGGCAAGGCGUGUGCCGAAUGCUGCCUCGCAAGGGACCCAUACUGUGCGUGGGAUGGACAGCAGUGUUCCCGAUAUUACCCAACAAACAAACGGAGGAGAAGGCGUCAAGACAUAAGGCAUGGCAAUCCAUUAACAGAAUGUAAAGGAUUUAAUGUAAGAUCAUACAGGGAAGCAGUGGAAUCUCGGCAGUUUGGAGUAGAGGGAAGCAGCGUGUUCUUGGAGUGCAUGCCCAGAUCCGCGCAGGUGUCCGUGAAAUGGAUUGUGCAGCGACAUGACACGAAGAGAAAGAAAGAGGUUAUUUACAAUUCCAACAUAAUGCAAACGGAGCGAGGGCUCCUGUUUCGCGUGCUGCACGUAAACGACAGUGGGACGUAUUACUGCCUCACCGUGGAGUACAACUUCAAGCACACCGUGGCCAAGUACAGCUUGAGAGUCAUGGACAUCGCAAUGGCCAGCGUCUUCACCGGGGAGGAGCCCCAGAAGCCCUGGCACCCGUCCCACCCCUCCAGCUUUGCACACGGUGCCCAGUUGCCCUACAAGGACUUCUCUCAGCUGCACGACCACCCGGGCAUUUUGGCCGGCAUCAGCGCUUGCCAGCCACAGAGGCAGCCCGAGGCAGGGUCAGACGUGCAGGCGGACGAGAGACGCCUGAAGGAGCACGAGGAGAGGACAAAGAGAAGGGACAGGAGCCAGAGGAGGGUCGUGGUAAAGAAAUCGUGAUGGCAUCUUCUGUGCCGUAGCCAUUAUUCUAGCUAACAAUUCUGGGGCUUUUUUUUUUAAAGAUGAUCUUUUAUUUUUAGAUGUUGUUAGUUUCAUGUUAUAUUUUAGAUUUUUUUUUACAUAACCUGUGUAAAUAAUUACUAGCACAUUUUCUGUUGCAUUUAAAGGGCGUGAUUAGGGCUACUCUAUGACAUUUGUAAAUGAAUUAUAUUCUCGCUGUUGCUCACCCAGCAGUACAAAGUGGGAAGACCACACUGAGUCGAUCGACAGGCCACGUGUGGUGGGGUAGAGUGUGGGCAACUCUCACCUCUUUCAAGACGUCUGGCCAUGGAACAGUAUGCCAAAAUAUCCUGGAGAGGAGCUCACCAGAGGCCCCUUCUGCCAGCAGUGGUGCGAACAAGCAAUUGCAAGGCUGCACCUUUUACAUUUUGUUCAGCAGCCCUUUGCCAAGGCUUCUUUUUUUUGGUAGUUGGGUUAUUCACCCCAUUAAUGGCAGGCAUCGUUCUGAAGGGAUCGCCUUCGCACGCAAUAGCCAUGUACUGCUCGCGAAGCCGAUGCGGCAGUCACUGCAUUGUGACAGCCGUGUGUUCUCAGCGGUGUACGCGUGCGCUCUUCCACUCUAUUUACCAAGCAGGCACUUCUUUAAUUUUGUGUGUGUGUCUAGACGUCUCUCGGCAGAUUGUUUACUUUGCAUCGUCUCCCCACUGCGGGAGGGGACCUAAAUGUAUGUUAAACUUUAUUCGCACCGUACGUAACCAACCGUGCCAAUCGGAGGUGCCGGGGGAACGACGACAAAGUAACGCACGAAAAAGCAGUUCUCAAGGAAUGAGUUUUCAAUCUAGAUUUUAAAAUGCAUAUCCCCCAGUGGCUUCCUAAUAUCGGACGGAAGAACGUUCCAGACGGCUGCAGUGACCGCCUAAAUAGUAGGACGUGAGAGCAUCCCAUAGGGAGUCGUAAUACUUCUCUCGAACACGAUGCUCUAAUGCAGAGAGCAUCGUGUUAAGAGCAUCGUAAUAAAAAUGCCGCAUGGAUUAACUGUGAAAUAAAAUGAACUACUGUCCUGUACUCCAUUUUUCUCUGAUAUCUGCCUUUUUAAUUCGUCGAUCAUGCAAAUUCUUUGAUUCGACUUGAAACCAUCGAUGCGUAUUUGAUCACUGACAAUGACGGUCUCUCGUAUUUUUUUACGCAAAAUACCGAGGAAGCGUUGUUUAACCCUUCCUUUAGAAGUGGCGUCCAGAUUGUUUUGGCAUUUAACUUCACAAAGCACUAAAAUUUAACCUGAAACAAUACAAAUAUCAACGGGUUUUACUCAGCAUAUAUUAUAGUGCCCAUUAUGGGAAACAUCUCGUCAUGUAUGUACUGUAUGUUGAUUUUCGUUCGCUCUGUACGGAGCCAACCGCGCUAACCGGAGGGGCUAUAUAUUUACCUUUAUCGAUCACUAGAGGGCGAUAUUCAAAUGGCAACGUCUUUUACAUUAAUUAUUAAACAAAGUUAGUGAAGCAAUAAUUCCACUGCUGGCAAACUUCAUUUUGAUUUAUGGCAGAAAUUGUAUUCCCACACAAUUUAAAUAUUGCUAUUUGCUGAAUAUGUUUCAUAAACUAAACUAGAACCAUAUUUAAACGCGGAAGGGAAAACAUCGGAGGACCGGGAGAAAAAUCCACGCGACCACCACUGAAAAAGAACACACAGACUCAACAGGCAUUGUCAGGGUCCGGAUCGAUUAUAACCAUGCUCUGCAUUUACAUGUAGAGCCCAUAUUUGUCAAUCCAUUGGUGGAUAAGGAACUCCCCCGAUGUCUUGCAAGCUGUGGGAACUACGUGGCCAUAUUUCACCACGCUGGUCAGUGUGGGUUGAAUGUGAGAGAUGAGUGCAUAACGCAUUUUGUUGCACUGUCCUCUGCUGCCAACGAUACCUCUACUACACGUGACGUUUUGUAUAUGGGGGCUGUCAUCUACCCAAGUGCUAUCCAGGCUCAACCAUGGGGGCAUUCCUGGUCAUUUUAAUUAAAACUAAUUCAUACAGAGACUAAUUCAAGCUGGAUAUACCUCAUAAACCCACAGUAAACAACAAUGUAUGCAGAUAAAUUAAUAGACCAGUGUAACUUUAUCUGCCACACCACUGGUUGUUAUCAAGGUUAACCUAGGAUAACUUGUUUGCUUAUCAAAGGUGACUUUUACGCUGUAAUAAACUAACUACAUAGCAAAUCUAAGCAUUAGCUGUAAAAUAAACGCCAAGAUAUUUCAAUGAAGCUUACACUUUUAUCCUGACAUUUAAACUGGAAUUACUGCUUACAUUUUACACAAAUGUGCACAUUCACUAAAAUCGUACAUUCAUACGUGACGCAAUGUUUUUUCUAUGCUGUUUGAAUUUCAAAACCAGCGUGGGGGGAGGGGGGUAUGUGACCAGAUGGCCCAGAAGUCAGCGCUUUGAGCUGCUCCCACUAUGAUCCUGGGUUGAAUUCCAGUCAGCUGCCUGCGACGAUUACACGGUGUUCUCAAGUGUAGUGAGGUGAUGCUCUCAGCCUGGCUAAAACUGACUGCACACCCCCCCCCACACCCCUAUAAUAUUGAAUUUGGCUUUGCACUUAAUUAGACAAAAUUCCAACUGUGAGAAUUAAAAUAUCGCUUUGACUGUCACGCGACGAACAUUACUCUCAUGCGGAGUGAGUGGGAAAAUGCUGCCCCUCUGUUGUAUGGAUGAGACGUGACUUGAAGCCAUCGCAGUAGGUAGCUCUGCGAUAUUCACUUCCGUGGGAAAUUCUCUAACACAACGCGUUGCAACUGAUGGAUACUUUGUCACGUGAUAUGAUGACAGUGGCACAAUUAUGAUACAAUUG